UGUUCUGGAGGAGGAGAUACGUGUAGCCUGGCUUUAGCUGGCUUAGCAUUAGCAACACAUAGCUAGGCGGAGGCGCAACAAGCUCUCCGAACGCCGGAAUAAGUACUGUAUCUUGAUUUUUCCCCUUGGGUUUUGAGAAACUCGUGUAUGGGUCUAUAUCCCUGGACUAAAAGUUGAACCCAGCGUAGCCCAAAAGAUAUGGUGAUGGCGGGGUCACAUGUGCAGCCAGCACUGUGUGUGUGGAGAUGGUUUUAACAGACGCUGCUCUGGAGGACUCAGGAACACUGCACUGGCCUGGAGAAGCCUCUUAAACAAACACACACGACACACACACUGCUGUACACAAGAAGAUUUACGUGCACACGCCACCGCCGUGCCUUGAGAGAGGACACAGGCGCACGGACACAUCACUUGAGCUUCACCUGAAGCCUGCACAAACACAUAAACACCCUCUGGGUUCUCUGGGGUCAUAGAUCCUCUCCUGUGUGAGAGAGAGUUUUUGUUUCUUCCCGUUUGUCCCAUCUCCACCGCCACCAUGCCGAGCUCCACCAUUCGCCGGCAGAUGAAGAACAUGGUGAACAAUUACUCGGACGCUGAGAAGAAAGUCCGAGAGGCCACCUCCAACGACCCCUGGGGCCCGUCGUCCUCGCUCAUGUCUGAGAUCGCCGACCUCACCUACAACGUGGUCGCCUUCAGCGAGAUCAUGAGCAUGAUCUGGAAGCGGCUCAACGACCACGGCAAGAACUGGCGCCACGUCUACAAGGCGCUCACGCUGCUCGACUACCUGAUCAAGACGGGCUCAGAGCGAGUGGCCCUGCAGUGCAAAGAGAACAUCUUCGCCAUCCAGACCCUGAAGGACUUCCAGUACAUCGACAGGGACGGCAAGGACCAGGGCAUCAACGUCAGGGAGAAGAGCAAGCAGCUGGUGGUCCUACUCAAAGACGAAGACCGCCUCAAAGGAGAGAGGUCUCAAGCUUUGAAGACCAAGGAGCGCAUGGCCCAGGUGUCCACAGGGAGCAGUCAGAUGGGUUUUGGUCGAGGCUCGUCUCAGCCCAACCUCUCCACCUCCUACAGCGAAGAGUACGGCAGGUCGGAGGGCUCACCUGCCUCCUACCAUGGCUCCACGUCUCCCAACGCGGGUUCAGAGCUGGAGCAGGCCAGACCUCAGACCAGCGGAGAGGAGGAGCUGCAGCUGCAACUGGCCCUGGCCAUGAGCAGAGAGGCUGCGGAGCAGGAGGAUCGCAUACGCAGAGGGGACGACCUGAGACUACAGAUGGCAUUGGAGGAGAGCAAGAAAGGAGGGCCUGAUUCCGGCAAACUGGCCAAAAAGAAGAAAGAGCCACAAUCGUCUUUGAUGGACCUGAUGAACGUCCCUGAGCCCGGUGCCACAGCUGACCCCUGGGGCGCAGGAGCCGGAGCCACAGCUGGAGCCAGGGCCGCCGCCGCACCAGAAGACCCCUGGCACUCUUAUGGGUCGUCACCUAAGCCAGCAGUUCCGGUGGACCCAUGGGGGACUACUCCCUCUGUUCCCCCCAUGAAGAGCAGCGAUCCCUGGGCGGGUAACUCCGCUCCUGCCGCCGACCCGUGGAGCUCCGCUGCCCGACCCAAGAACUCCGUCACAGGUAGCUUUGACCUGUACAAUGCAUCCAACGGUACGUCUAAAGAGGACUUCUCAGAGUUUGACAGCCUGCGCUCUUCCUCCUCUGUCCCCACUGGAAAUGGGGGCGUUGCAUCCUCUCUCCCCUCCCAAGCCAGUCUGGUGAGCAGCGGCAGCCUGGACCUCUUCGACCCCCUGCCCGCCUCCAUGUCUAUGUCCGGCACCAACAACCCGACCAGGAAGACCCCGGAGUCCUUCCUGGGUCCCAACGCUGCCCUGGUUAACCUGGUCUUGGUGACCAAACCAGCCCAGCCGGCGCCCGUCGUCAACCCGUUCUUAGCUUCAGCAGGCGUCUCCGCUCCAGCUCUCGCCCAAGCAGCCCACGCCAACCCCUUCCAAGUGACCCAGCCUGCGCCCCCCACCCUCAACCAGAUGCGGGUCAGCCCCAUGCCCUCCGGUUUCGGCAUGGGGGACACCAUGUCCGUCCCCGCGGCGUCCGUUCAGCCCAUCGCCAUGGUCCCCAUGACCCGCGGGAUGCCCGGGAUGGGGGUGGGCGCAGUGGGCGGCGUAGGGAUGCCCGCCGGGAUGCAGGGCUCCAUGUCUCUGCCCCAGCCCCUGAUGAGCAUGCCUCCCCAAGCCGGGUCGCAGCAGGCCGGGACCACCAACCCCUUCCUCUUGUGAGGGGGUGACCAGGGGACGUCUCGCCCCAGAGUUACCCCCCCACCUCCCUCUUUCUCUCUCUUCCACUUUGGCUCCUUAAGAAGCUUCAAAAUGAACAAGGAGAUGUCUUAUCUCAUUUAUCUGUUUUAUAACCAACUCCUAGCCAGGUCGUAGUCCCAGCCUGCCCCCCCCCCCCACACACACACACACACUUUAACACUCCUUUUACCCCCCCUCCGUCUCUUUGUCUCGAUGCUACAAGCUGCCUAGUCCUGUGUCUAUUACUGAUCCCACGCUGACGACCACAGACAGUUUGCAUUGGUCUACAGACUCACAGAGUAGCAGUGGUGUUUACAGUUUAUCCCCCCCCCCCCCCACACCCGGUCCUGGUUUUAUUCACUCGUCUCCUUUACUUCUUCCCCUAGGACUCCGUCGAGUGACGGGAGAGUCUGACCAUACUAACGCCAGGAUCUCUAGAUCUCUAGAGCUAAUCUUUUAUAAGCCCUGUGUGUGUGUGUGUGUGUGUGUGUGUGUGUGUGUGUGUGUGUGUGUGUGUGUGUGUGUGUGUGUGUGUGUGUGUGUGUGUGUGUGUGUGUGUGUGUGUGUGUGUGUGUGUGUGUGUGUGUGUGUGUGUGUGUGUGUGUGUGUGUGUGUGUGUGUGUGUGUGUGUGUGUGUGUGUGUGUGUGUGUGCACAUCUUAGUACUUUUACACUGUGUAUAAUCCAGUGGGUUUAACUUUUACACACUGGAGUACGGAUGCGAGAUGGUCAGAUGUGUUUAUACUCUCGUGUGUGUGUGUGUGUGUGUGUGUGUGUGUGUGUGUGAUAAAGCAGGGAUUUUGCACAAUUUGUUGUUUUUUUUCUUUCUGUCUGCGACUGUUGGGCUCACCGUUACACCUUAGCUAAGGGAGGGAGGCUGACACACACUGCCUCGGCUCGCGGUACCACUCAGUCACAACUCUCGUCUGGUCACUUCCUGUCAACUUGGACCUUUAUUCCUCCCCCUCAAAAACCUCUGUGUGAACUUUGACCUCUAGGGGUCACGGUAUUAACAAUGAACACUUAUCAAAAGGAGGUGAACCUCUUGUUUUAGGGGUUAAAAAAUAUGACGAACUGUUCCUUUUUUUUGUUUGUACUGUUGAAGCUCGGAUACUAACAGCCACAUGUUGAUGUAUUUGUCACUAACUGACCCCCUGACCCCUUCUCCUCCCCCACCAAGUGUGUGUUUUUAGAGAAAAAGACAUGAACUGUGAUGGCAUCAGUAUUUUGCCAUUUGAACAUAAAGUUGCAGUGGGGCAUCAUGGGACAAUUUCUUUCCUUUUUAGUUUGUUUCUAGGGUCAAAGGGAAGAGGAUGGGUUGUGUGUGUGUGUGUGUGCGUGUGCACAGUUUGCAUGAGAGAUAGCUUCCAAGUGUACUUUUAAUGAGCAAGUUUAAGAUAGUUUCUGAAGUUUAAGUCAAACAGGGGGGGUAAUAUAGACAUCUGCAGCCUUAAGUGUGUGUGUGUGUGUGUACAACCAUAUAUCAAGGGGUGUUUCCAUGCAACGGUUGCAAAGAAAGCUAUGGGUUUAACACUUGGCAUCAUGAAAACAGUUUUACCUCUGAGUGGAUUUACAGCGGCUAAUCCGUGUGCAAGAGCAUUACCUGCUGGACACUUACACACACACACACACACACACGGUUGUUACAGGAUGGGUCUAUUGAUAGCACAUGGAAUUUCCACAACAGAGAGACAUGUCAUGUAAACAAGCAGUUGUUAAUCUUGUUUUUCUUUCGUCGUUAUUUACUUUUUGUUUUAGAUGUAAAUCCAUAGCCAAGCCUUUCAGAGUUUCGGAGCUGAGUACUAGCGAAGCCACGGAUCAUCUUCACUCUCUCUUUAUGUCUUUCAUUAUUUUUCUGUCGUCGUAGGGUUUGUUUUUUUCACCCUAUGGGUAGGCUAUGUAAUUCUCUUCUCUUAGAAGCACAACUGUUACCAAAGUCAUAGCGACUGUGAUCUUCUGAGGGUCUCGUAGUUCGAACAGUAGGGUCUCACUUCACUGACAUUUCUUUUCUUUUAUGGAUCAAUUAUGUUUUUUUUUUAAUAUUUCAGAGCUAUCUGUUCAGGAGUUUGUGUGAUACAAAAAGUGUUACAGUCGGCUAAAUGUUACUGACAGGAAGUUGGCUGAUGAAAAUGACCCUUCCUCUAUUAGGUCACUCUCCUCUUCAGUUCUGUUAUCACUGCCAAUGUUACUUCUCUGGAUGGGGUGUAUUCUUCUUCUGUUGGUGUGCCGCCCUCCCCUGGUCUGCUGUGGUAUGAAAGCUACACCGCAGGACCCUUGGUAUUUCCACUAAAACACAGACCUUUAUUUCUCUCAGGCAAAAGGAGGGGCAGCUCCAACCGUGUGUGUGAGUUUGGUGAUGCAAAUGCUGGGGCUGAAUGAAUGGGUGUGACACUUUCUUGCCGACCAGCAAAACAUUUUUAAUCUAAAUAUAUGCAAAAAUUGGAGAUGGGAGGGGGGGAAAAAAGAAGAAGACUUGAUGUGUUUUGCAAAGGUUAGAUUUGCUAAUAAAGUCUUGAAAUGAUAUUCUAGCUGUCACUUUCUCACUGGCCUUGAUUUCACUGCGGCCUGACCUUUUAGCGAUUGUGAAAAAAAGUUGUUACGGACAACAACAAAAAUAACAUUUAUUGUCUUGGAACAAAUUCCACACUCCCUAACAGUUACUGCAGUUGACUCGGUCUCACAGUCGUGGCUCUGGUGCAGUGAAAAUGUGGCCUGUGUGUAGCGAGCUCCUCUGCGUGUUACUAUGUAUUCACUAUGCUUUUAUCAAGAGGACUAACCAACCUGUCUUUAUAUGCAUAAACAGCUUCCUUUAAUCUUUUCCAUGUCUGUCUAUUUACCCUUUCUCAUAGUACUGGGAGCAGGCUGCUGCUGCUGCUGCUGCUUUUUUUUUUAUCAGAUACUUGCUCGACCUGUUGGCAUUAUAACUGUAUAAUAUAAUUUAUCAUUUGUACUAUUGUAACAUACUGUUCCUCUGUAUACCUUAUUAUUCUGUGUAAUGGGUUUUUGUAGGAAAAAAAGUCACCGUGGUAUUUUAACGGCAUCUAAACAAACGAACGCAGCAGGCCGCACCCUGUCGGAUGAGGACAUCUGUAGCUGCCUUGGUUCAAAAAUAAAAUGUGUAUCACUUCAGCUCUGUAA